AGCCUUCUCUCCGCCGCCGCCGGUGCUGCCGCCGCCGCCGCCUCCGGCUCCUCGCUCGGCCCCUCUCCGCCUCCAUGUGCCGGAUCGUGGGAGCGCCGCGGACCCUGCUGCCGCUGCUGGCGGCCCUGCUCCAGGCAUCGGCAGGGGCCAGGGAGGCCGCCACGUGCAAGACGGGCUUUCCCGAGGACGUGUACAGCGCGGUCUUGUCCCAGGACGUGCACGAAGGACAGCCUCUUCUCAAUGUGAAGUUCAGCAGCUGCGAUGGGAAGAGAAGAGUGCAGUAUGAAAGCAGCGAGCCGGCAGACUUCAAGGUGGACGAGGACGGCGUGGUGUACGCGGUCCGGAGCUUCCCCCUGUCCUCCGAGCGCGCCCGCUUCCUGGUCUACGCCCACGACCGGGAGACGCAGGAGAAGUGGCAGGUGGCCGUGAGCCUGAGCCUGCAGCCCGCCUCGCCGGGGGCUGCCGCGCAGGGGCCACAAGAAAUUGAAGAAAUAGUGUUCCCACGCCCGCCGGCCCGGAGCGAUGGACGCCUGCAGAGGCAGAAGAGAGACUGGGUCAUCCCUCCGAUCAACCUGCCCGAGAACUCGCGAGGCCCGUUCCCGCAGGAGCUCGUCCGGAUCCGGUCCGAUAGAGAUAAAAACCUCUCCCUGCGGUACAGCGUCACUGGGCCCGGCGCUGACCAGCCUCCGACUGGCAUCUUCAUUAUCAACCCCAUCUCCGGGCAGCUGUCCGUGACCAAGCCCCUGGAUCGAGAGCAGAUAGCCCGCUUUCAUCUGCGGGCCCACGCGGUGGACAUCAACGGGAACCAAGUGGAGAACCCCAUCGACAUCGUCAUCAACGUCAUCGACAUGAAUGACAACCGCCCGGAGUUCCUGCACCAGGUCUGGAACGGGACGGUGCCCGAGGGCUCGAAGCCGGGAACAUAUGUGAUGACGGUCACGGCCAUCGACGCGGAUGAUCCCAACACCCAGAACGGGAUGCUGAGGUACAGAAUCCUGUCCCAGGCCCCCAGCACCCCCUCGCCCAACAUGUUCACCAUCAACAAUGAGACCGGGGACAUCAUCACCGUGGCAGCCGGACUCGAUCGCGAAAAAGUGCACCAGUACACGUUAAUCAUCCAGGCCACCGACACGGAAGGCAGCCCCACCUACGGCCUCUCCAACACGGCCACGGCCGUCAUCACGGUGACCGACGUCAACGACAACCCCCCCGAGUUCACGGCCAUGUCUUUCUAUGGCGAAGUCCCCGAGAACAGGGUGGAUGUCAUCGUCGCCAACCUGACCGUGACCGACAAGGACCAGCCGCACACGCCGUCCUGGAACGCCGUGUACAGAAUCAGCGGCGGGGACCCCACCGGCCGCUUCGCCAUUCAGACCGACCCCAACAGCAACGACGGCCUGGUCACCGUGGUGAAGCCAAUCGACUUUGAGACAAACAGGAUGUUUGUCCUCACUGUUGCUGCGGAAAAUCAAGUGCCAUUAGCCAAGGGCAUUCAGCACCCACCUCAGUCGACAGCAACCGUGUCCGUGACCGUCAUUGAUGUGAAUGAAAACCCUUAUUUUGUCCCAAAUCCCAAGAUCAUUCGCCAAGAAGAAGGCCUUCAUGCCGGGACCAUGCUGACAACGUUUACCGCUCAGGACCCGGAUCGGUACAUGCAGCAGAGCAUUAGAUACACAAAAUUGUCCGAUCCUGCCAACUGGCUAAGGAUAGAUCCUGUGAACGGGCAGAUAACGACAAUUGCCGUGCUGGACAGAGAAUCCCCCCACGUGAAGAACAACAUAUACAACGCCACCUUCCUUGCUUCCGACAAUGGAAUCCCGCCCAUGAGCGGGACGGGCACGCUGCAGAUCUACCUGCUGGACAUCAACGACAACGCCCCGCAAGUGCUGCCUCAGGAGGCGGAGACGUGCGAGACGCCGGCCCCCAACGCCAUCAACAUCACGGCCCUGGACUAUGACAUUGACCCCAACGCCGGGCCCUUUGCUUUUGAUCUGCCUCUGUCUCCCGUGAACAUUAAGAGGAACUGGACCAUCACGCGGCUCAAUGGUGAUUUCGCUCAGCUUAAUCUGAAGAUAAAAUUCCUUGAGGCGGGGAUCUACGACGUCCCCAUCAUCAUCACCGACUCGGGGAACCCUCCCAAGUCGAACAGCUCCGUGCUCCGCGUGAAGGUGUGCCAGUGCGACUCCAACGGCGACUGCACGGACGUGGACCGCAUCGUGGGCGCCGGGCUGGGCACUGGGGCCAUCGUCGCCAUCCUGCUCUGCAUCAUCAUCCUGCUCAUCCUCGUCCUGAUGUUCGUGGUGUGGAUGAAGCGCCGGGACAAGGAGCGCCAGGCCAAGCAGCUCCUGAUUGACCCAGAGGAUGACGUCAGAGAUAAUAUCCUGAAGUACGACGAGGAGGGCGGAGGCGAAGAAGACCAGGACUACGACCUGAGCCAGCUGCAGCAGCCCGACACCGUGGAGCCCGACGCCACCAAGCCCGUGGGCAUCCGGCGGCUGGACGAGAGGCCCAUUCACGCCGAGCCCCAGUACCCCGUGCGCUCCGCGGCCCCGCACCCCGGGGACAUCGGGGAUUUCAUCAACGAGGGCCUGAAAGCUGCGGACAAUGACCCCACGGCCCCGCCCUACGACUCCCUCUUGGUCUUUGACUACGAAGGCAGCGGCUCCACCGCCGGGUCCCUGAGCUCGCUCAACUCGUCCAGCAGCGGGGGCGAGCAGGACUAUGACUACCUGAACGACUGGGGGCCCCGCUUCAAGAAGCUGGCGGACAUGUACGGGGGCGGCGACGACUGAACUUCAGGGUGAACUUGGUAACCGGACAAGUGCAGACCAUUUCAACUGAUAUUCCCAAAAAGCAUUCAGAAGCUAGGCUUUCACGUGUAGUCGACUAGCACCGUGCUUGCUGGAGGCGUGGGCACAGGCUGCAAACCCAUGUGGGCUCCGAGGGAAUAUCAGUGUCCGAUGCUGUUUGGAGGAACACGGAGCUCAGUUACACUUGAAUUUUACAGUACAGAAGCACUGGGAUUUUAUGUGCCUUUUUGUACCUUUUUCAGAUUGGAAUUAGUUUUAUGUUUAAGGCUUUAAUGGUACUGAUUUCUGAAAUGAGAAGUAAAAGACAAACUAUUUUGUGGUGGGAGCAGUAAGUUAAACCAUGAUACGCUUCAGCACGCUUUGGUUACAUUGCAUUUGCUUUUAUUAAAAUUGCGAAGGAAACAAGCAAACAAAAACUCAUGGAGCAAUUUUUAUGAUCUUGGGGGAUGAGACCAUGAGGUUGGGAAAAUGUACAUUACUUCUAGUUUUAGACUUUAGAUUUUUUUUUUCCACUAAAAUCUUAAAACUUAUGCAGCUGGUUGCAGAUAAAGGGAGUUUUCAUAUCACCAAUUUGUAGCACCAUUUGAAUUUUUUCAUAAACUAGAAUGUUAGACACAUUGGGUCUUAAUCCAUGUACACUUUUUUUUUUUAAUUUACUGUGUUGUUUUUUUUCACUUCACUGUAAAAAUGGUAUGUGUACAUAAUGUUUUAUCGGCAUAGUCUAUGGAGAAGUGGAGAAACUGCAGAACAUGUGUAUGUAUUAUUUGGACAAUGGAUUCAGGUUUUUGCAUGUUUAUAUCUUUCGUUAUGGUAAAGUAUUUACAAACAAAGUGACAUUUGAUUCGAUUGUUGAGCUGUAGUUAGAAUACUCAAUUUUUAAUUUUUUAAUUUUUUUUAAUUUUUUUGUUCGUUUUUGUUUGGGGAGGGAGAAACGUUCUUAGCACAAAUGUUUUACAUAAUUUGUACCAAAAAAAAAAAAAAGAAGAAGAAAGGAAAGGGGUGGCCUGGCACGGGCGGCACUGCUAAGUGUGUGUUUUUAAGAAGAAAAAAAAAAAUGGGGGGAAAAGCUUUCAAACUGGAGAGACUUCUGACAACAGCUUCGCCUCUGUAUUGUGUACCAGAAUACACAUGAACACCCCAGCGUUCUGAAUAAAAUGCUAAUUUUGGA